AUGGAAAUGCUACUUCGGGUUCUUAGUUUUCUAGCUCUUAAUAUGCUUCUUCAUGUGCAUGCUCAAACAGGAUUCAUAAGCAUUGAUUGUGGAGUGGAUGAGGACUACAUAGAUAACACAACCAAACUAUUUUACAGUUCGGAUGCAAACUUCAUAGACAGUGGAGAAAACAAGAACAUCCCUUAUGAUUUCACGUCCACAAUUUAUGAAAAACAGCUCACAAAUGUUCGAAGCUUCCCAAAAGGAGUCAAGAACUGCUACACCCUACCAGCAGACCAAGGCAAAGAUAAUAAGUACUUGAUCAGAGCUGUAUUCAUGUGCGGUAAUGUUCAAGAGUACAAUAAUCAGCUUCCAGAGUUCAAACUAUAUCUGGGUGUCGAAGAAUGGGACUCAGUGACAUUCAACUCGUCUUAUAAUAUCGUCCGCAGGGAAAUCAUAUAUGUCCCUAAAACAGAUGAAAUAUAUGUGUGUCUUGUUAAUACUGAUUCUGGGACACCUUUCAUUUCUGCAUUAGAGCUCAGGCCAAUUGAUGAUUCCAUUUAUAACAAAACUCAAUCUGGAUCGCUGGUGCUUUUUAACAGGUACAAUUUUGGUUCAGAAACCAGUGAGACAGUCAGAUAUGGAGACGAUGUGUUGGAUCGCAUAUGGGGACCCUACAGUUGGUCUUCUGGGGAAUCCAUCAAAGCACCCUAUAGUAGUUCUGGGUUAAGUGAAAAUCAAUUUAAACUUCCGGCCAAGGUAAUGGAGACCGCGGUAAAACCUGUGAAUGGAACUUCGUUGGACUUCUAUUUGGAUGGGAUUGAUUCAUCUCAAGAAUUUUACGUAUAUUUGCAUGUUGCUGAGAUUGAGACAUUGGUGCAAGGCCAGAUCAGAGAGUUUACCGUUUCAGUGAAUAAGAAAGCAAUUUCUAGUGCUAUCCAACCUCGGGAUUUAUCUUACAAUAGUCUAAAUGGAGAAGUACCAGAAUUUCUAUCUGAAAUGUCUUCCUUGAAGACCCUGAACUUAUCAGGGAAUAAAUUGACAGGUUCGGUUCCUUCGGCCCUCCUCGCAAAAUCUAACGAUGGAACACUGUCUUUAAGUUUGGAUGGGAAUCCGGAUCUUUGUAAAACCAACUCGUGCAAUACAAAGACGAAAAAGAAGAACUCGGUUGUUGUUCCUGUAGUUGCAUCCAUUGCUUCAGUUGUGGUCCUCUUAGGUGCAAUAUUUGCAGUCUAUUGGCGCUUCAUAGGAGGCGGAAGACGUGGUAAACCUGCUGGAGUGAAACCCAAUGAUCGAGAUAAUGUGUCACAAUUGGAGUUCCAGAAACCAGAUGUACCUAAUGAAGAAGAGAACUGGGACUCGGAGUUAGAAGAAAUACAAAAGGAAGUGAUCGAAACUAAUGGAAAGCUGGAGGCAAGGAAGCAACGUCUUAGUUAUUCUGAGGUUAAAAGGAUCACUAACAACUUUGGAGAGGUGAUCGGAAAGGGAGGAUCUGGAUUGGUUUACAAUGGCCGUUUAAGCAAUGGCAUUAAAGUUGCGGUCAAGAAGCUGUCACCUUCUUUGAAUCUAGCUUUUGAGCAAUUUCAGAAUGAGGCUCAGCUGUUGUCAACAAUUCAUCAUAGAAACUUGGUCUCUCUAAUAGGGUACUGCGACGAGGGUUCGAACAUGUUGCUAAUUUAUGAGUAUAUGGCUAAUGGGAACUUGAAAGAACAUAUAUCAGGUAAAAAUGGGUCGGUGUUGAGUUGGGAACAAAGAGUUCAAAUAGCAAUUGAGGCAGCACAAGCACUGGAAUAUUUACAUGAUGGUUGCAAUCCAUCCAUAAUUCACAGAGAUGUUAAGGCUGCCAACAUCUUAUUGAAUGAAAAAAUGCAAGCCAAAGUAGCAGAUUUUGGGUGGUCCAGAAGCAUGCCCUCUGAAAGUCAAUCUCAUGUAUCAGCUACCUUUGUUGUCGGCACUUCUGGGUACCUUGACCCUGAGUACAACAAAACUGGAAAGUUGACUAAGGAAAGUGAUGUUUAUAGCUUUGGGAUUGUUCUUCUAGAGCUUAUUUCCGGCCGGUCUGCGAAAAUUGAGGACAAUCUCAGCAUAUUGGAUUGGUUCUAUCCUGUUUUUGAAAGUGGGAAAUUAGAAGACAUUGUGGAUCCAAGGUUACAAGGAAUCUUCAGUACUAACUCAGCCUGGAGAGCUGUAGAGACAGCAAACUCUUGCAUACCACUCAGAUCCAUAGAGAGGCAAACUAUGAGCUAUGUAGUGAAUGAAUUGAAAGAGUGCCUGAAACUGCUAGAGAUGAGUAGCCCUUCAAAUACAGGAGUAACCAUUACUCGACCUAUUGGAACUGAAACCGGCCCUCAAGCAAGGUAGAAACAUUGACUAGUAAUGUGUCUGUGUGUGCAUGCUGCUUGUUGUCUGUUCAAUAAUUUCCAAACUUUCAUGAACAUAUGUACUUUAAAAGUAUGAUG